UUUGCUUUGGUUUAGCGGCGAAUGGAACACCAGAAGCCUUUCUCUCUUUCGAGGGCUCUGACGGAACGACCUUCAAACGGGGUUGUUCUUCUGAACGGUAAGAGAACGAAGUGUUUGAAAAGCUAAUAGGCUAAAAACUAAAGCAAACAAGAACUCGAAGAAAAAUGGCGCAGAAUUCGGAGAAGAGAUUCAAUCAGAUUAUGGACAAGCUCUUUAAGGCUCCCAAAUCUACUCCUGGCUCCUCCUCCAGUUCAUCUGGAGUAGAAUUGUCGAGAGGAAAAAAGCGUCCCAGUACCUCAUCUGUGCUGGCACUAGUGGAACCAAAGACGAGACUGGAGAUAUCGGAUGGGUUGCGUUAUUCAUCUGCUCUGGCAGACCCAUCACAGGCUCCCCUUUGUAGACCUUGGGACAGAGGGGAUCUCAUGAGGAGACUGGCCACAUUCAAGUCCAUGACAUGGUUUGCUAAGCCUAAGGUUGUAAGUGCUGUAAAUUGUGCUAGAAGAGGUUGGGUCAAUGUGGAUAUGGAUAUAAUAGCUUGUGAAGCUUGUGGUGCACGUCUCCUUUUUUCUACUCCACCGUCUUGGACACAACAACAAGUUGAGAAGGCAGCACUGGUAUUUAGUUUGAAGCUGGACAAUGGGCACAAGUUACUUUGCCCAUGGAUUGACAAUGCAUGUGAUGAAAUGCUGGUGGAGUUUCCUCCUACAACUCCUCUAGAGUUAGUUGAUAGGUCCAAAGAACGUUCUUCUGCACUCUUACAACUUUUAGCUUUGCCAGUGAUUUCCUCUUCAGCCAUUGAGUACAUGAAGUGCCCUGAGCUGGAAGAAUUUCUCAGAGAUUCUAUGACACUGGAAUAUGGAAAUCUGUCAGCUGAUAUUUCUCAGUCAGAAUCCCUUGGUGAUGAGGAUGGAGAAAGUUCUGCUAAAUUGUAUUACCAGGCACAAAAGCUCAUAAAUCUAUGUGGUUGGGAACCGCGCUUACUGCCUUAUGUUGUUGAUUGCAAGGAUAAAUCAAACCCGCUUCUUAAUGAUGCUGAUACUUUGAAUUCUCUGGCAGUUCAUCUUGGUCAGUACCCGAGCAGCAGUGCGCACAAUGCUGAUACCAUUAACGUUUUGGAGGCAAACAAAAACACCAAAACUUGUGACACAGUGGAAUCUGAUCCCAAGUCGGUUGUUUUAGAUUGCAAGCUUUGUGGAGCCAGUGUUGGAUUGUGGACGUUCCGUACAGCUCCCCUGCCACUUGAGUUGUUUAGAGUAGUGGGAUUUACAGAAAUUAACGAAAACAAUGGUAGAGCUCAUGAUUCGGGCAAUGAAAAGCAUGGUGAUUAUAGGGGUAGUAUUGAAAAUUUUGCCUUGCAUGCUAAGGAGCAGUUGCCAAAUUUAAAAUUGACAAUUGCAGGGGGACCUCCAGCAACAAAGCAGAACUUCAAAGCAAUGAUCUCUUUGCCUGUUGUUGGCAGGAGUUUAAGGGCUAGGUUUUCUCAUGAUGCGGAGUUUGGAGAUCAUAUAUGUACUAAUCAAGAUCAUAGUCAUUCUAAAAACAUGAUCAGUGGAGAAAUUGCUCUAUCAGAAAACAUGGGCCUCUUAGAAAAUGAAAAAGAUAAUCAGGGGCAUAAUAAUUCUGUGGGCAAUCAGCAAUCAUCUUAUCAGGAACAUGGUGCUACUGAAAAAGAUGACAAUCUGAGAGUAAUUGAUAGCAGUUUUACAUCACUGGGGGAAGCAAAUCUCACCAGCCAGAGAACCUUUGAAAAUGAUAGACAUGAUUCUCAGAUGGAAAAUCCAAUGGACAUCAGGCAAAAUGUGGAAAGAGAUUCCUGUCAGGAUGAUAUGUUGCCAGAAAAUGCUGAAAAUGUUGGAUUAGUUGGGUCAGUAGUAAAAGAUAAUUGUAAUUCACAAGCCGGAGAUGCAUCCAACACAUUCCAAGAUGUUAAUAUGACAAAUAUAAACACUGGUCAAGAUAACUUAUCAGAGGUGAUUAUAUCCGACAAUAGCAGUAGGCAAGAGAUCGGGGAAGUGAAUAUGUUGUGCAGCAAAGAAAUUUCUUCUGGAAAAACACAUUCUCGUGUCCUAGAAAGUGUUCGUGCUCCGGAUAACGGCCAGGAAGUCAUCAUAGAGAGGGUGCAGACUCCUGGAAAUGGCAAAGUCAAGGAUUCUUCUGCAGGUGAUUAUCUGAAGCAAUUACCAUCAGACAAAGCAAUGGAGUUUGAUCCAAUUAGGCAACACAGACAUUUUUGCCCCUGGAUUUCAUCAACAGGCAGCAGGGUACCUGGAUGGCGACAGACACUACUGGCUUUACUGCAUAAAAAAGAGUCCGCUACAAGUUCUCCAUCAUCUCCAUCUCUUGUUAAGGUUGAUGAUCCAAUUACAUCUGUUAGAAGGCUUUUCAUGUCUCCAUCUGCAAAAAAAUUGAAGCCCAGCCAAGGAUCAAGCUAAAGUCUUGGUGGAAUCAUUCUUGUGCUAUGUGUCCAUCUCAAUAUAUUUCUGUGGUUGGAUUGCUUUUCAUCGAUAAUAUAGUCCUUGUGUCCUAAGAGAUGUAUAUUUGUGCCAUUAUAUCAUAUUUUGAAAUCUGUAAAUUGUCAUAUCUGCUAAUUGAUUGGCAUGCGAUGGUAGGAGCCCACUCAUUUACUGAGAAGGUAAAGGUAAGCUGAAAUCUGAUUCAAAGCCUGCCUGGUGCUUAAAGUUGGAAACUUCCCCAUAUUUCUUGGGGGCUAUACACAUUGUAAUGAAUUUUCUAGGAAAAAGCAGUGGGAGUUCUAUUUUCCCUGAUGAAAUCUUUCUGCCUUUGUUCAAAAAUCAAAGGAGCUGCAAAUACAGGAUGGUGUUAAUCCACGAUGCCGCAAUUUGUGACAACUACCUUUGAAUAAGGUCGGUUGAACCCUCUCUCAGCAACAACUGCUCUUUUAUCUCCUAUUAGCUUGGCCACCCUGCUCAUCAAACAAUAACGUUUUUAUAUAUCUGGUUAGCACUAGAAAGCCACCAAUACCAGCAAAAUAGAUGGGGUAUUGUAUUUUCACCAUUAAUCCUGUAAGUUUAUGUUUCUAACUACUCUUUGUUUCAUUACAUUAUUGUUUGCUGUUUUUUCUAUACUGUAAAAUAGAACAUUUCUACAAAUGGUGGCUGUCAUUUGAGAUUUGUGUUUGGCAGAGACAUUUCUUGGAUUUGUGCUUAAACGCUCUUAGUGGAUGUUCAAGGAUU